AUGGCCGGCCAAGCAGCCAACGAGUUGCUGUCGACACAAAAGGCGUCCGACUCGGGUAUCAAAGUCGUGUUGCACCCGCUACCCAUACUCGAGAUAUCCGAUUUGAUUGUUCGAGGGUAUCAGCGUGGAUUGAAAGGAGCUGUUGUCGGUGCGCUAUUAGGCCAACAGAACGGUCACGAGGUUACCAUCGAGCAUAGCUUCAGUUGCAAGUCGGCCAAGAAUGCCGAUGGCCUCUACGAGCUCGACGACAGUUGGUUUGGGCAGCGCUUAGAACAAAUGAAACUUGUUCACAAGAGCCCCGCGCUCGACCUCGUCGGCUGGUACUCUCUUGUACCCAAGGCCGGCCCCUCCGCCUUGCACCUUCCUAUCCACCGCCAGAUCAGCGCCCUCAACGAGUCGGCGGUUUUGUUGGGUUUCCACAUUGAAGACAUGCUGGCCCCAAGCUCCGGUGAUCCUUUACCAAUUACGAUAUAUGAGAGCAACAUGGAGGCCGAGGAUAGUAAAGAGGCCGAGGGCGAAGACCAAGAAAUGAAGGAUGCCGAGGCUGCCGCCAAGAUGGUCCUCCGUUUCAGGAAGCUCCCGUACGGUACGGACACCGGCGAGGCGGAGAUGAUCGCAAUGCAAUUUAUCCGUGAAGGCGGCGCCAAUGCCACCGUCGAUAACACCGAAAAGCAUAUCUUGGAACAAUUCGACAAGAAGAUCGCCGUGGAUGAUGGAAAGGGUAAGCGAAGGGCGGUUGCAUACGAUGAGAGCAGCAAGUCCAAAAAGGACACCGCCACUUCUACCGAGCCACCGGCAUCAAACCCCGACGCCAAUCUCAACCGCGCCGAAGCCGAGUACAUGUCCGCGCUCCAAGCCAAAUACAACGCCAUCAAGAUGAUGAAGUCCCGUCUUGCUCUCAUCAUCACUUACCUCCAAAACCUCCCUUCCGACUUUACAUCUGGCACGCAAACAACCACCGAAGCUGCCGAACUCGCCCGCGCUUCCAGCGGGCAGCACACGAUCCCGUCCAACAACAUCCUGCGGCACAUCCAGGCCCUAGUGAUCAACGCCGACCUCGUAGCCCCUGCCGAACAGGCCACAUUGGAACGCGAGAUCCAGCGUGAGACGAACGACGUCACCCUCCUCUCCAUGGUUUCCAACCUUGUAUCCACCGUGAACGAAGCCCGGGAGGCGGGGAAGAAGUUCCAAAUCGUGGAGUCUGCGCGGCACAUACGCCAGGGCCGGGCUCUCGCUGAUAGCAUACCACAGUACGAUCAGUCCAAGCUCGCCUCAGAGUAUAGUAUGGGGUCCUUUGGCCUUUCCUCCGCCACUGCCGAGUAUUAG